AGAGUAGGUAAACACUAUCUAUCUGUCAAUUGAUUUAUUUGCAGGAUUGAGAUACAGCACGUCUAAAACAAAUGGAAAAUUGCUUGAAGAUUUGAUUGCGUGCUAUUUCCCAGAUUUGUGUGCGAUGAUAACUCUGUAAAGUCACAUUGAGACAGACUGAUGUUAAAUGGCUGACACAGAGGGCAAAAGUGAUCUUGAUCUUCCAUUACAUUCUAACAUUGAAGACAUUAGAGUCGCUCAUUGCAACAUUGAACUUACAUGUGAUCUGGCCAACAAACAGUUCAAAGGCAGUGUUCUUCUUGUGCUUUCCUCUAGGGAUUUUUCAAUUUGUUCACAUUCUGAGAGUAAAAAUGAAGUAAGGUCAAAUGCUAAUUUACCACAAAACAAUAUAACUGAAAACAAGAUAAUUAACAGGGAUAAGAGCCAGAAAUUAUAUCAUCACACACCUUCUAAUUGUGAACAUUAUGCUACAUGCACAGAAACAAAAUGCUCUAAAUUUUGUGAUUACAGUGUUGUAAAUCAAGUAAAGGAGGAUAAGGUGGAAAUAAAGCAAAAUGGUUACUGUGGUUGUGAACAUAGAGUGACAGAAUACAAUAUUCAUGAAAUUAAUAUAGAAAGUCAAAAUGAAGAGACUAAAGAGCAAAACCCUAAUAAUACAAUCAGACUUAGUUGUGAUUCCGUGUUGAAACAUAGCAGUAUUAAAGAUAGGUGCAAUAUAUCUGCAAAUAUUAUCCAAGAAACCGACUCUUUAAACUGUGAUCAUACAUAUUCAAGUCCAUUGCAAACCAUAUAGAUGCUUCCACUAGUAUUUUAGACCAAUGUGAUAAAGUUAUUGACAAUGAUAUGACUAAAACUUCUCAAGAUUUCGUUCUGGUUUUAGAUGCUUGGGAUUUAAUAGUGACUUCAGUGCAGGAGAUCAAUUUGAAAAAUGGAUUUGACCUAGACAACAAGGCAAAUAAUACAAGACUAAAUGAUUUUAUACAAGACUUUGAUGCCAAUCCUUUGGAGUUUUGCUCUGAAAAAACCUUCCUUAAGAUUUGGAAACCUGGGAUAACGACUUCAGCUCUAUUUCCUAGAUGUAUAAGAAUCUCUUAUCAAACUCAGCAGUGUGGUCCAUCUUUAAAAUGGACCAAUGAUCAGGAUGGAAGGCCGUGUGUUUACACUCAUGGACAUUGGAUCAACAAUAGAUCACUGUUUCCCAGUCAGGAUGUGCCUGGAGCCCUAUCUACAUGGCAAGCGUACAUAAAUGUCCCAGAGGGUAUGACUGUAUUGAUGAGUGGAGAUACAAAUCCUGAGAUCAUAGAUUCAUCAUCAGGGACAGAUAUGACAACAUACAUCUACCACACAGACCUGGAGGUUCCCAGCUCCACUCUAGCAUUAGCUGUAGGAUACUGGGAAGAAGUGGAGAUUACCUCAAGGACAUCAAUUCCAAAGGGACAGUUACCCUGUCGUUUGUUCACUCCAAAAUGUCACAAAGAAACUGCUAGCUCUAUUCUUUGUCCUUACGUGCCAAGAUGUAUGGAAUCGGCUGUUUCCCUUCUCGGUCCUCAUCCAUUCAAGCGUCUAGAUAUACUGAUUGUACCUGCAAGCUUUGCUAGUCUUGGAAUGGCAAGUCCAAGUUUAAUGUUUCUGUCACAGUCAGUGCUUUCACAAGAUGGUCACAUGCUGAUUCGUGUAUCACAUGAGCUGAGUCAUUCAUGGUUUGGUCUUGCUAUUGGACCAUGUGAUUGGCAUGAAGAAUGGCUGAGUGAAGGAUUUGCUACAUAUACUGAAUUUAUGAUACAUGGACCAACAACACAGUUAAGUGAGGAAGAAUUGAAAGAAGAAAGGGAGAUUACUGAUUAUCUUAAAUACAGAACAUUACAAGCAGAGUUACAAUCAACAGAUAAAGAUUUACAGAUGCUAAGAAAGGAAGAAUGUGAUAACAAAAGAGCAGCGUACGUGAGCAAUGGAAUGAAUCCUGAAAAAGGAUUUCUUCAACUUCAUUACUUAAAGGGAUACUUUUUGCUGCGGCACCUUGAAGAUACAGUUGGUCUCCAGAACUUCAAAGUUUUCCUGAAGGAAUUUGUUAAACGAUUUAUGCACAGUCUGAUAGAUUCAAUGGAUGUCAUUCAGCUUUUCUUUACGAUGUUUCCUAAUGAAAGGUCAGUAUCAUUAUCAGAGAAGACAAUAUUUUGUGACUGGUUGAACUGUCCUGGACUUCCUAAAAUUUCAGUUUGUUGUGAUCAAGGGAGCAAUAAAAUGAAUGAAGAAGUUAUUGAAUUGGAAAAAAAGAUACUGGACUGUCACAAAAUCUGGACUAAAUUGCACUGGAGGAAAAGACGGAAAUUAGAUAUUGAAUCGAAACUACACAUAAGAAAGUUAAGGCAAGUUCAAGUUCUCUUAUUAUUGGACAGAUUACUGGAAAGUGAAAAAAUUCAUCAUGAUAUUCUUCAGCACCUAAACAAGAAAUUGAUGCUCUCCUCUACAAAUGCAGAUGUGAGUCAUAAAUGGUGUGAACUAGUUAUCAGACAUAAUUUACAGGAAUAUUUCGAGGAUAUUAGGCAUUUCCUUGUUCAUCAUCAGGCGAUGGGAGUGUAUCUUUUUGGCGAACUCAUUAUUUCACGAGAUAAAGCACAACGAAAUUUAACAGAAAAUGUGUUUACAGCACUUUCAGACGACAUGGAGGAUGGUGUAAAAAAAGUUGUACAAUCAAUGAUUUAUGGGAACUGAAACAACAACAUUGUUUUAAUUUGAAAUAUGUGGAUGAAGUAUUAAUAGCUGAUUUGAUGUAUUAUUGACUUGUGAGCUAUUUAAUUAUAUAAGAUAAGGGAAUAUAACGACAUGGUCCUAUCUCUUAUAUCUGUAUCAAACUUAUUACUGUUCUUUGCAGCCAUUUUUGCGAAACCGUUGCUAUUUCUGGUUUGAGUAAUAGAUAAUUUAUUAUACUUGUACUUUGUAUUAUAUUGUACCUUCAAUAUGAAAAU